UAAACAAAGCAUCAUAGCAAAAGCAAAAGCAAAAGCCAAAGCCCUUCGUUGCAAUUCCCAUUUCUCUCGUAUUAUUUUCAGGCCAUGGCUGACGAGCAACACCAUACAGCCGGUGUAGGUGGGACCUAUGAAGGAGAGGGUGAAAUCAAAGAUCGAGGAAUACUCGAGCUUUUGGGUAAGAAGGAAGGAGAGCAGGCUGUGGUGACUGACGUUGAUAAGGUCCACUUGUCAAAACCAUGUGAGAAGCUCCAUCGAUCUCACAGCUCUUCUAGCUCGUCUAGCGACGAAGAAGAAGAAGAAGAAGGUGAAGCUGAUGGAGAGAAGAAAAAGAAAAAGAAGUGGUUGAAGGAGAAGCUCAAGGAGAAGAUAUCUGGCGAAAAGGAGGAAGAAGUGAAAGUGACUGAGUUUGAAGACACAUCAAUUCCCAUUGAGAAAAUCGAAGCAACACAUGAAGAUGAAGUUGCAGGAGAGAAGAAAGGCUUUAUGGAGAAGAUCAAAGAAAAGCUCCCGGGCGGUCACUCAAAGAAGCCUGACGACAGUGAAAUGGUCGAGUGCGGAGAUGCCACUUCGGGGCAUGAAGGCGAGGCUGGUAAGGAGAAGAAAGGACUGUUGGAGAAGAUCAAAGAGAAGUUGCCUGGUUACCACAAGAAUGGAGGAGAGGAGAAGGAGAGUGCCAACCACUAGAGGAGUCUUGUUUUGAUAGUUUUAUGUUAGGAUGUGAUUUCUUUUGUGUUAUGGUUAUGAUUUGUGUCCUUUUGAUUGAUCGUCCAUGAUUUCAUGUCUUUUAUGUCAUUUAGUGUUUAUGAAUGAAGCAUGGUUUUA